GGCUUCCUGAGCGCCCACCAAGCAACAGUCUCGUCUUCCUACCCGUCCAACACUGGGAUCCAAGUUUUCUGAUAACACAGAAAAUUGUGUUCUGUCGCUGUUCUUGACAUCGACCACCAUCAAAAUCUGCAUCUGGUUGGUCUCCAGGUAGUAUCAGACUGCUGCGCAGCCGUAGGUCUUGAUCGACUUGGCCAACCAGUUCCCAAUUCGAUAAUUGACCGGAAUCAUGUCUGCUCCCCAAUCCAAUGGUCGUCCUCCUCCACCCGGUGAUGAGGAUCUCCAGCAUCUUUAUGAUGAAGUUUGGCGGAUCUUUGGCGAAGAAACAGCUUCCCCAACCGAGCGCUCGCCAACAAGUGCGGUUUCUGCCCAUACACACGAGCCCCACUCCAAUAGUUCAUUCCACGACGUUAACAUGACUAUAUCUCCUUCGUCUUCAAUCAGAAACGCCCUUAAUCGUCCUCCUGUACCUGCGCCCCAGCGACCGCAUUCUCCUGAAGUACGCCCACAACCUGAUACUGCGACCUCUCCUACACAGAGGAGAUUGAGACCACUUCCGUUGCCUCCAGGUGCUUCUUUGAGUCCCCAGCCUCAUGAACAGCCACCUCCAGUUGCAAGUACUUCUCGCCCUGGGACGGCCGGAGUUGAUGGGCGUCGUCAGCUUCCCCAAGCCCCUACGGUGCAACCCAAUGGCUUUAAUGGCAGCCGCCCACCCACAGGCUCUGCAACAUCCCCAAUUUCAUCAACAAGUAAACCAGUCGCUACUGGCUCUCAUGCUGACGGGCUGCCAAACAUACAUAAAGCCGUCCCUGCUGUUCCCUCGCACACCAAUGGAGCGUCUGUUAAUGGUGUGGAUGUGUACCGUUUGCAACAACCAGAUAGCAGCCUCGAUGUGCAAGGCUACGGUGUCACCGUCCCGCCCAAACCAUCCCCUCGACCUCCUGGCGCUUCGGCUCCGAACAUUCCGGGUCUCGGCAAUAUGUUUGAUGACUUCUCGAUCGACCAUAGUCCAGACGAUAUGAAGAACCGCCCAUCUCAUCGCCCUCAACAAUCUUCUGAACAAUUUCGUCCUGCGGAUGCCUACCCCCAGCCUCAUGGGCGAUUGCAUCCAAACGAUGGCAUCAAUGGUCCUGCACCGUCUGCUCGGGUACAUGAUUUGCGUCAUCACCCUUCAUCAUCAUCCGACUAUAUCCCUAAUUAUCAUCAAGAUACUGACCCCAAGCUAGGCCGUGCAAUUUCUACAGGCUCCACCACAUCCUCGUUUGUAGCAGACUCAUUAGGUCGCAAUGUCUCAGUGACGACAGCAGCCACAAGUUACACUGAUACCGACGGUCCAACUGCUAAAGUUGGGCCAACGAUACUCAGCAGGGAAGGGUCCUACGGGUUCCCAUCAGCGGGCCCUUCGGCACUUAAAUACAGCCACGGUCACUCAGAUUCUGGCAGUGGUGGUUUCCAAGGUGGAAGCGUGGACUCGUUAGCGCGUGCCCGUCCGAGCGUGUACAGCGGCACAGCUGGACCUCCGCUUGGCGACCAGGAAGAAGAAGAAGACGAUGAUUACUUUGACUCCGAGAGCGAUGAUCCAGAUCCAGACAGAUUUGUUAACUUCAGCUUGUUAUCGCACUUGGCCGUCCGCUUGCGCGACAAGGUACCUCGCGGCACCCAUGUGAAAAGCAGCAUCCCUUACCCUCGUGCAUUCACCGGGAAGGACAUCGUCUCUACCAUUCAAAGCCAAAUCCAACGUGAACUGCUGAUCAAUCAUGGCGUUUCGACCACCGAUCGCCGUGCUGCCCUUCAGGUCGCUCGGAGUUUACAACAGCAGUUAUUUUUCUACGAAGUUGAGUGGGGUCAGAAGCUGCUGCAAGAUGGUGUCGAGGACGUGUAUAUGUUCCUGGAUGACCUCGAGGGCAACUCUGAGGCUCACCGAGAGAGGGAAGAACUGCCAACAGCAGUCAUCACUUCACUCACUCGGUGCUAUGCGUCAGGUUGCAAUGAGGACGACCCAUGUUAUUCGUUUGCUUGUCCACGUCGACAAGCUGGUCGGAUUGUCGAUUUAGGUCCCGUAGCCGAACCGGAAGUACACCACCAAACCGAAGACUGGUUGAGUACGGUUGAUCCCGGCAUCCUUCACACUCUUCCAGAAAGUGAAGUUCAUCGUCAAACCAUCAUCUAUAAAACUAUCACUCAGGAAGAGCAAUACGUCCAAGACCUGGACACCGUAGAGGCGCUGUUCAUUCGGCCACUGCUGAAAGCAAGUCCUCCUGUCAUGCCGGCUAAUAAGUUAGACGAGUUUAUUGAAGAGGUUUUUGGAAACAUCCUGGAUCUUCGGGAAUGCAACAGGCGGCUGGUGGAAGCCAUGUAUGUUCGGCAGCGUGAGCAAGCACCAAUCAUCCAAAGGAUUGGAGAUGUGUUUUUGGAGGCCGCGAGAGAGUUCCGGUUUGCAUAUCCGACAUACGUCGGACAUCUGCCCCUCGCAGAAAAGCGCUUCAAAGAUGAGAUCGAGUCCAACGCGGACCUUCGCUUGUUUCUCGAGGAGUGCUCGCGACAAUCCAAGCAACAGGAAGCUCGUCGACUGGACUUGAAACACUUCUUAUCGCGACCUUCUGAACACCUGCAGAAGUACCCCAUUGCGCUGGAGGCGAUCAUGAAAGAGACAACUGAAGGCAACCCAGACGCGUACUACCUUGCAGAAGCCAUCGAAGCCAUCAGGAAUCUUCAGAAUGUUGCACAGCUCCGGACGUUCCAGACUGCAAUGGGCAAAGGUCCUACUGGAAAAUGGGAGUGGCACGAUAUCGUAGCCAAGGAUGUUCGAGAGGGCCUUAGCAAGGCUGAGGCCAAGCGCCAGUCCAUUAUAUUUGAACUGAUCAAAGGCGAGAUGGCGUACGUCAGGGAUCUAGAAAAUAUCGAGUUGAUUUACAUCCAGGCCCUGCGAGAAAGUGAUCCUCCAGUCGUUGGUCGUGAGAGGCUGAACGGUUUUAUCACUGACGUUUUCCACAACUUUGCUGAGCUUCACUCGCAUCAUCGGAAGCUCCUAGACCAACUGCAUGAUAUACAGCGCGACGAGCAUCCAGUGAUCAGGAGUAUUACAGCACCUUUGUUUGACGCUGCUUUGAACUUCAGGGAUGCAUACAUGGAGUACAUCCCCAACUACCCUAUCGCUGCCUAUCGCAUCGAUGACGAGAUGGCUAACAACAUCGAUUUCAAGACGUUUGUUGACCAAUGUGUACGGCAUCCGGAUGCUCACCGCCUAGACAUGAAGAGUUUUAUCAAUCGUCCUAUUCCUCGAUUAUUGCGGUACGAACUGCUCUUGAAGGGCAUAAUGGACGAGACACCUGCUACUCACGAGGAUCGUGAAGCGAUCCCUCAGGUCCUGGAGAUCAUAAAGGCUUUGGGCAAGGAGACCGAGCCGGGAGUUCAAUCAGCGAAACAGAAGGUUCAGCUCUGGUGCUAUAACUCAAAUUUGCAGUUCAAGCCCAACGAGUCCGUUGACAUGGAUCUUUUGAAUGAAAACCGCUCUCUUAUUCACGCUGGCAAGCUGCUGCGACAACCCGACACCGGCUUUGAAUGGAAUGGAUGGACCGAGCUUUUCGUCUUGCUGUUCGAUAAUUACUUGGUCAUGACCAAGACAAAAGAAAAAGACGGUGUGACAAAAUAUAACGUUAACCGGAGACCCAUACCGCUGGACCUUCUUACUCUGGCCAGCUUUACUGAUCCCCCGACACAGCGCAGCACAAGCAUUCUACGUCUCGGCCUUGGUGGAGGGAACAGGCAUGUAGAAGGCGGACCCUCUCCAGGUAGCGGUGUUCCUGACACCGCUAAUGAUUCACGUCUUGUAUAUCCUUGUACUAUUCACUAUAAUGGCCGGCUUGGUGGUUUGCAUACCUUAUUUACGGAGUCUCAGCAAGCGCGAGCGGAGUGGAAGCAGAAGUUGGACGAGGCCAUCGGCUUGCGCAAGGUUGUUCAGGAGUCAAACAAAGUCUUCGAGCUGGAGCCGCUCAGUACAGACACCUUCCUCGUGCCGUCCAUAUCUUCAGCUGCUGUACCAUCUUGGAACCACGAGAAUUCCCUCACGGGCAAGGUUACUUGCUCUGUUCCCUUUACUACCGCUGAUGGACGAGCGUUGGUGGCUAUUGGUUGUGCUGAGGGUGUUUGGAUAGGUUUUAGACAUGAUUCAAGAUCUAUGCGCCGUGUAUUACAUCUGAAGAUGGUGACACAGUGUGCAAUGCUCGAGGAUUUCGGUAUGUUCCUCGUACUUGCAGACAAGGCUCUCUUUGCAUACCACAUCGAGGCUCUCGUUCCAUCAUCCCCACAGAGCGCUCAUACGUCUCAGACACCACAGAGGGUUAAUGGAACUAGGGACGUUCACUUCUUUAGCGUCGGCAACCAAGGUGGACGAACGCUAGUCAUAUACAUGAAGAAGAAAGGGCUCGACAGCGUCUUCCGUGUUUUGGAACCGGUGGUAGAAAAAAUCAAUGAAAGGAGCAAGGCACCAGCGUCGUUCACUUCUCGCUUUGGUAUACGGCCUGCGCGUUCAGAGUGGUUCCGAUUGUACAGGGAGUUCUUCCUUCCCUCGGAAUCUUUUGACCUGGUCUUCCUCAAAGCAAAGAUCGCGAUUCUUUGCACCAAAGGCUUCGAAAUCAUGGAUUUAACUGAUUUCAAGAGUGUCACUAUUCCUCUACGUGACGAUGGCUACGAAAGACUUGCAAAACGCGGAGAAUCUUGCCGGCCAAUGGGGAUGUUCCGCGUGGAAAAUGAAUUCCUUUUGUGCUAUGAUGAGUUCGGUAUCUACGUCAACAAGCACGGCGCACCUAGUCGCAACACGGGCACGAUUGAGUGGGAGGGCACGGCCGAGCGCGUGGCAAUCCACUGGCCUUAUAUACUUCUCUUCGACUCCCGCUUCAUUGAAAUCAGGCACGUAUCGUCGGGUCUGCUCGCACAGAUAAUUCCCGGAAAUGAGAUACGCUGUAUUUGGGACGGUCGUGGCACCUGUGCCCCUCCAUCGACUGGACCGGAAAGCUUCCAACAAAUGAGCCUUGACCCCCGGAUUCACUGUGUCAUGGCUGCGCCGGAGCCCAUUCAACACGGCGCGGUUGGGCGCCCACGCUCAGUGGCUCAGCACGUAUUUGAGCUGACACCUACGACCCCGCUCUAUCCACCCGGUGCACCUGGAUCACCCAACAACUCGACGUACUUCCAGCAGCAAACCGUUUCUCCCCCGCAGUCUCCCAACCUCCUUCCGAUGACAUCCUGGAGAUGAUCACAUCACACAGGCACCCUUGAUGCUCAUCGCGCAUUUAUUUCUACACAUGUACAUCCUUGUGGAUUUCUGUCUUUUUCAUUUUGUUUUAGGAAUUUACAUAAUUUGUACCAGUGCUCAGCAGUCUCCGCUAGAUCGUCCUGUCGUUGUUUCCGGUAAUCGAUUUGGUGACGGUUAUGGACAACAUUUCGGAUGAAUGGGCAUUAGCUAUUGAUAAAACAUGUACUGCUUCAAUGCAACGUAGAUAUCAUAACAAGGUCGACGGUAAAACUGAAAUAUUCACGGACAUCCACUAAAUCCUCUAGAAGCAGCAACACGACCGGCUGCCUCCAUGUUCCCCGGUGUCUACCUGCACUGCUACUGGUUGCUG